GCCUAAUUGUCAAUAUGGCUGCGCCCACGGAACAGAGAUACGUGUGGUCAACUUAGGGAGAUGUUUCUUUUGAGGGGGGAUUUCUGAAAUUCAAAAUGAAUUUUUCCUUCCAAUUUGUAACUUUUGUCGUUCUUUUUGGAGUGAUUUUAUACCCGAUCGUUAACGCAGGUGGACCACCCAAACAUAAAGACAAAAAGCAAAACAACAAAAGCCAGAAAGAUGUCAAACUCUCUGAUAAAACUGUGGAAGAGCGUGGCCUAAUUCAGGAGAAUCCACGAACUAAGGACAUUCUGAGUGAAAAUGGAAACUUUUGCAGCAAGAAAGUUGAGGAGAGACAAUUCAAAGGAGAAGUACUAGGAUAUGUCACACCUUGGAAUAACCGUGGCUAUGACAUUGCUAAGAUCUUUGGAGGAAAGUUCACAGUUAUUUCACCUGUCUGGCUUCAGGUGAAACGAAAAUCUGAUGAAGAGUACAUGGUCAAUGGAGGACAAGAUAUUGAUAAAGGAUGGAUAAAAAGUGUCAAGAAAGGAAAGCGUGACGUUAAAAUUUAUCCUCGACUGCUCUUUGACCAGUGGACCAAACAGGACUUCAUAGCAUUGUUUCAAGAGGAAACAGAGAUCCAAGCCUUAGCUAAAACAAUUGUAGCAUACUAUAAGAAACAUAGUUUUGAUGGUGUUGUUCUUGAAGUUUGGAGCCAAUUAGGUGGACAGGCAAGGACAGAAUUGCAGCACUUGAUAGUGGACAUAGCUGAUGCAAUGCAUAACUCUGAUAUGAAGUUUAUUCUUGUGAUACCUCCUCCUCUUAUGGCCAGCGGCACCGCAAUGUUUUCAAGCAAUGAUUUUAGGACCUUACAUCCAGUGGUCGAUGGAUUCAGUUUGAUGACGUAUGACUACUCCAGUGCACAAACACCAGGACCAAACUCCCCCAUUGAUUGGGUGCGAUCUUGUGUGAAGGAAAUAGUACCAGAUGACAUGGCCGACCAGAGACCAAAGAUUCUUCUAGGACUGAACUUUUAUGGUUAUGACUAUGGGCCACAGACCGCUGAGGCUAUCAUUGGACCAAGGUAUCUUGACUUGCUGAAGAAACACAAACUGAAGUGGAACUCGGCCCAUGCAGAACAUGUCUUUGACUAUAAAAAAGAUGGGCCUUGGGUUCAUCAAGUCUAUUAUCCAUCACUCAAGUCUAUUCAAGUUCGUCUGCAGCUGGCCCAAGAGCUAGGCACAGGGAUAUCUAUUUGGGAGUUAGGACAAGGACUGGAUUAUUUCUAUGACCUUCUAUAGGAGCAUCAAAGCAAAGUCUGUAUAGAAAUCUCAGAUGCAUUAGCAUGUCUACUGCACUACAGUAGUGAAACGAUUGAAUUGGUUCUGUAAACUGUGUGGCAAACACUGAACCACAAAAUUGACCACAGAGUUUUCCUUUGAGUUAAUAACUCUGUUAUUUACCUUACCAACUCACGAACUCGAGUCUUCUCAGUGGAAAUCUACAUUCAGAUCAGAGGAAGGGGCUAGCGAAACCACAGGGUUCCUCAUUCAUAGAUUUGGUUAAGAGUGAAAAUAUGGAGUAAUAUGGUCAAACAUGGAUGUGAACUUUGAAUUUGAUCAAGAUUUAUUCAGGAACAGGGUUAAUAAUGCGCUGCAACAGUUUUAAACUGGUUGCCAAGAGCAGGCCAUGUCUUCAGCUUGGGUCAUCGCCAGUCUCAUACACACAUUUCAAACUAUCCUAGCAAACUAAUGUCCCCUGGAUAAUGAGUGAAGAGGUGUGUUUCUGGGAUGUAAUUUCUUGGCAUACUUUUUACAUGCACAUGUAAAGGUUGGUGUUUUCAUAUUCUCUCUGCAUCACAUAGCCAGUCCGAAAUGUCAAAACGAUUUUAAAAAGAAAUCUGGAUAUAUAGGUUACCUCGAGAAGGCGUGUCUUGACUGAUGGAUGAGGAAUAUUGGCAACUUUUUAUAUUUCAUUGAGCCAGUUACGGGAAACAUUCAAGUUGUGGUUUGGAAGGCAGCUGACGGAGCCUCAACAACUAUUACGGGAAGGAUUCCUUGGGUGAACAUCAAACCUUUCUAAAUCUUACUACAAAGUACUGACAUGACUUGAAGCUUUUUCUGUUUUCUUUUAUUUCUGCU